GUGUUUAUGGGUAUCCACGUUAUCCUGCAGGUCGUGUUGCCCUUGAAACCACAAGGAAAUGGAUGGACGAGCACCCUAAUCUUGAGGAGGUUGAUAGGAUCAUUUUCUGUGUGUUUGAGGAUGAAAAUAAAGAUGUAUAUGAAGAACUAUUGCCAUUAUUUUUCCCACCACCACCUGGUAGUGAACUGGAAAAUGUUGAAGAUCAAGAAAAUCAAGUUGAAAAAGGAAAAGAACAAUCAUCUACUAGUGAACCGGAAAACGUUGAAAAUCAAGAAGAAAAAGGAAAAGAAGAAAAAUCAUUUACUAGUGAACCGGAAAACGUUGAAAAUCAAGAAGAAAAAGGAAAAGAAGAAAAAUCAUUUACUAGUGAACCGGAAAACGCUAAAAAUCAAGAUGAAAAUGGACAAGAACAAUCAUCUACUAAUGGACCAGAAGUCGUUGAUAAACCUAAUACCGAAGGGAAUGGUACAUCACCUGGUAAUGAACAAGAAGAGGCCAAGAAACAUGAUGAAUCAAAAGUUGUUAAACCUGAUACCGAAGAGAAAGUUACGUCAUCUGGUAAUGAUCAUAAAGAUGCCAAUGAACUUGGUGAACCAAAAGAUGCCAAUGAACUUGGUGAACCAGAAGUCACUGUUAAACCUGAUACUGAAAUGAAAGAUGCCAAUAAACUUGAUGAACCAGAAGACACUGUUAAACCUGAUACUGAAAUGAAAGAUGCCAAUAAACCUGGUGAAUCAGAAGACACUGUUAACCCUGCUAUAUUUAUAUGA